CCUGUUUCCUGUUUCAUUUAUGUAACUUGAGUUUAGUUUGAGUCGGUUCUCCUUCGUAAAUUUCAGUCUGGAAUUUGACCAUGUGACUUAUUGAUGUGAGACCAGUAGAGAUACACAAUGGACCAAUAACUGACCAUAGAGAAUGGUAGUCACUCUUGUGUCCCGCAGGAUCUGUCAGCUUUGGCAAUGUAGAUUAUCCGCUGGGACAUAUAUCUCAUCUAAAAGUUUUUUUUCGAGGACCAAGGGCAAGACACAUUAUGAAAUUCUUGGGGUUAAGCAAGAUGCAACAGAUGAAGAAAUCAAAGCAGCCUUUAUAAAACUCUCUAAAAAGUAUCACCCUGACACGUCAUCAGAACCGAAUGCCCAGGAGAAGUUUAUAGCUGUCACCGAGGCGUACGGAACACUCAGUAAACCGCUGAGUAGGAGAGACUACGACUUAAGACUCAAGUAUGGCCCCGAGCACCUGGAAAAGAAAAAACGGGUGGAACAACAUCAUCGUGAACAACAACAACACGAGAACGCGUCGUGGAGAGACAAACAUUACUGGCAGAGAACUAAGGAGGAGGAUCAACAGUUCAGGAAGUGGUAUUAUAAGGAGUUUGGGAUGGGCAGCCCUCACUCCCCUAAUGUCCUUGACCCCUUCUUCUUCAUGUCCGGUAAACAGGCCGUUAUAUUGGCGAUAACGCUAGGGAUCUGUCUACAGUACGCCAGAUACAGAUGGCUGAGAAAUCGAAUGGAGUUAUCAGAUGCAGAAAACAUGAAUAGACUGAAGAAAAUGGAUGAGGAAAAACAACUAAGGCAAGAGUGGAUGAAGAAGGAAAGAGAGAAGUUUAGAAAUGCCGUGGAUUCGGAACUAAAAAAAGAUGAUGACGUCGAUCUGCAGUCCUUUAUAUACAAAGACGUUCCUAUUACAAACACAAACCCCUCAUAACUAGACGUUUUAACAAAUGUUCUACACUGACAAUCUUGUGAUAUUUUAUUAUGAUAUUAAUGACAAUUUUAGUAAAGUGAAGUUGACUGAAUGUUAUGUGUACUAGUAUUUGGUGAUGACAAUUUUAAUAAAACUGUUUUUAUUUUA